AUUGUGGCAUGAGCUCUGACAGUGGGUGGAUGUUUCACACAAAUUGAAAAGACAAAUUAUGUAGUUUUCAUAUCUAGUUCCCUAUUAGUGUCUUUGGACCUUUGAUAUUCUAAGCCUUCAAGUGUUUCUUAUCACAGUCGUGAGCCGCUCAUCACCAGUUAACAAACUCUCCAAGGGAGAUGGAUCAGUGUUUGUUGUUUCUUCUGCUUCUGUUGAUGGGAGGAAAUGGUUCGUGUCAACAAGAGGAAGUCUGCGCAAAGUCAGUGAUCAACACCUGCAAUGACUGUAUCAGAUCUGGGCCAUACUGUAUGUGGUGCCAACAGCUGAACUUCACCAAAGCUGGCGAGCAGGAAGCAGCACGCUGUGACACCCAAGCGCAGUUGAUAGCAAAAGGCUGUAUGAAGGAGGAAAUCAUCUCCCCCCAGCACAGUGUCCUCAUCAACAAAAAAGAUCCUCUGACCACUUCGUUCAAAGAGCUGGCUGCUGUUCAGCUCAGCCCACAGAAGAUUAGUCUGAAGCUACGACCUGGGCUUCCUGCCACGUUCAAUGUUUCUUUUAAGAGAGUUCAGGGUUAUCCAGUCGAUCUCUACUACCUGAUGGACCUGUCUUACUCCAUGAAAGAUGACUUGGAAAAUGUCAAAGGACUGGGACAAAAUCUUUUUGCAGCUCUGAAAAAUAUCACUGCACAUGCUCAAAUAGGGUUUGGUGCCUUCGUUGAUAAGACAGUCCUCCCUUACACCAACACCAACAAGGACAAACUGCAGAAGCCAUGUGAUGAGGACUACCAACAGUGUCAGGCAGCAUUUGGCUACAGACAUGUGCUCAGUAUGACACCACAUGAGGAUGAAUUCAGAAGAGAAGUGACAAGGCAGUUCAUUUCUGGGAACUUGGACUCUCCUGAAGGGAGUCUUGAUGCCAUGAUGCAGGCUGCUGUAUGUGGGGACAAAAUUGGAUGGAGGAAAAGCAGCACUCGACUGAUUGUACUGACCACUGAUGAUGGAUUCCACAUGGCUGGUGAUGGAAAACUGGCAGGCAUUCUGGAACCCAAUGAUGAACAAUGCCACAUGGAGAACAAACUUUACACCAAGAGCAGUGAGAUGGACUACCCUUCUGUAGGACAAUUAGCUAUGCAGUUGGAAAAAAACAAUAUUCAACCAAUAUUUGCAGUGACAAAUAAUAUGGAGCAUGUGUACAAGCAACUCUCUCAAAUGAUUCCAAAAUCAGAGGUGGGAGUUCUGUCAUCAGAUUCUAACAAUGUGGUUCAGUUGAUUGAAAGUGCCUACAAUCGGUUGUCCUCCAAAGUGACUGUGACCCAUGACAAUCUCCCAGACAAUGUAAGAGUUGUCUACAAACCUAUAUGCAAAAAUCCAGGACCAGCAGGGGACAGCAAUGGGGUUUGUGACAAUGUGCGUGUGGGAGAAGAGAUCGCUUUUGAAGUCACAGUCACAGCACAAUCGUGUAUGGAGAACAAGUCUUUCACUAUCAGACCACUGGGCAUUAAGGACACAUUGACAGUGAGCUUAUCUACAAACUGUGAGUGUCAGUGUAAGGACCCUAAUGAGGCAAGCCACAUACACUGCAAUAGGAAGGGAGGAGUUCACUGUGGUAUCUGCAGCUGCCAUGAUGGCUUUGUUGGUCAGUUCUGCAACUGUUCCAUUGGCAAUAAAGACGAGUCAUCCUGUCAGAGGCAGAAUGGAACAGAGUGUGAGGGUCGUGGAGAUUGUGUGUGCGGCAGGUGCCAGUGCCACACCACAGAGGGUGGAAAGCGUUACCAUGGUGACUUCUGCGAGUGUAAUGAUGAACACUGUGAGAAGUUCCAGAACAAACUGUGCGGAGGAAAUGGCGAGUGCAAGUGUGGAAGUUGCGAUUGUCACACAGGCUACGAGGGCUCAGCCUGUCAGUGCAUGGUGUCUGAGGAGGGCUGUCGAACACUUAACGACACCGUGUGCUUCGGUAGAGGAUCCUGCAAGUGCAACCGCUGUCAGUGUAAGGAGGGAUACCAGCGGCCACACUGCCAGCACUGCCUUGGCUGCUCUGACCCAUGCCUGACCAAACUGAACUGCAUUGAAUGCCUCGGCUUUGAUUCUGGUCCCUUUAAGAAAAACUGUAGUGAGGCUUGCAGCAAGAGCGUUAAUCAUGGGAUGGUAGAGAAGUUCACAAUAACAAGCAAGCAGUGCCACCAGAAGGACUCAGGGGGCUGCUGGAUCACAUAUAAGCUGGACCAGCUGGUUGGAGAGGACAGCUACAGGGCAGAAAUUCUGACAAAGAGAGACUGUCCAGAACCACCCAACGUCAUAGCUAUUAUUGGAGGCUCCAUAGUAUCUGUGGCUCUUAUUGGAAUCUUGUUGCUGAUGCUCCUCAAGUUGAUAUUCUACAUGAGGGACCUGAAGGAGUUCAGGAAAUUUGAAAAUGAAAAGAAGAUGUCAAAGUGGGCAAAGGCUGACAACCCACUGUUCCAGAACGCCACCACCACUGUGGCCAACCCCAUAUUCACUGGAGAAUGAGAGCUUCCACUGCAGCACGGCGAUCUCUCAGCAUUGCUCUGUUAAAUGAUUGUAUGUCACUUAUGUUAGUUUAAUUUGUUUCAUAAUGCUCAUGUGCUGUUAGCUAGUGGAAAGAAGGGAUUGAUUGUAGUUACAUGGUAUAUCCAGGAAUAUUUUUAUCUUAUUUCUGCACUGAGAGCUACCCAUUAACAUUGCUCGCACGCUGAAUUUCCUCGCGCUUUUCAUGUAAAAUUAUAAUUCUCUUUUUCUUUCACAUCUAAGGCUUUGAUAAUUACAUUUAACAUUUUUUGUCUGUCAGGUGUAAUAAACAGCUUCUCCAGUCUAGAUAUCAGUUAGUACAUAACCACACUUUUUAUUUGUAUAGCCCAUAUUCACAAAUCACAAUUCUUCUCAUAGGGCUUUAACAAGCUGUGACAUCCUCUGUUCUUAACCCUCAACAAGAGUGAGUGAAAGGAACGUAGAAACCUCAGAGAGCCACAUGUGAGUGAUCCCUCUCCCAGGACGGACAGAAUUGCAAUAGAUGCCACAUGUAUUCAUACACGUAGAGGAAGAUUCUUUUAAAAUGUUCAUUGAGCUCAUUCACCCUCAGAUGCUGAUACUAUCUUAUCUGAUACUGUCAAUAGUGUUAGGAGCCUGAGUUUCACUUGUACCAUCAGAACAUAUUAUUCAUAGGAAAACAAAGGCAAUUGUCUAAGCAUGUGCAGUAUGGAGCCCCCCCCCCCCCGUGUAUUUGCUGCAAGGUCUGGGACCAGGAGGGUUACCACUUCCCACCAGAACUCAUGCUACUGAAUGACUUUUGGUCUAAAUUAUUUGUCAUUCAUGAAACAAUGAAUAAUUUGAUAUACUCGUGUAAUGUGUAAACUGGAAUGCCAGCAAGUCAACUGUUUCAUAAAUGAUGAAUUUAUUAUUGGG